UUAAUUGUAGAAAAAAAUGUUAGCUGCAUACCAAUCACCUCGAGCCUGCGGGAAGAGGAACCAUUGUGUAUAGAAACAUCGCUUGUAAGAGGCCCUGCUGCGAAAGACGAAUUAACACAGACAGGGAACUUCUCAGAAGCCACAGCAAUAGCAAGGGACAUGCAACCUGAGCUACACACCGAGACAAAAAACGAAACUCCAGACGACGACAACGAUAAGAUGGCAAAAUUGUUUGGAGAUACGAGGAACAUGGUCGGUUUGAACAAAUAUAUGACGACAUUGAGAGAAAAAGGCCCUACAACAUUAAACAGGAAACUUGAAUACGAUCUAGAUAAAUGGAGAUAUUUUGAAGUAAAGAUUGCUGUCGUUGGAAGCUCUGGGUCCGGAAAAUCAUCCUUGAUAAAUGCCGUUCUUGAUUUGAAAACGAGGCAAGAAGAAAUGGCCGAUGUUGGCGUUAUUGAAAAAACAACAACAGUUAUCUCAUACAGAAACAAAGAUCGGCCAAAUCUUGUCUUUUAUGAUUUUCCAGGUGUUGGAACAAACUAUCCAAAACACACUUACUUUGAUUACGAUUUCUUUCUGAUUGUAUCGAAGGACAAAUUGAGCGAAAAUGAUCUUUUGUUUGCAAGAGAGAUACAGAAACGAGAAAAAAAGUUUUACUUUGUCAGAACGCAUAUCGAUGCGACUUUAAGGAAUGACAAGCGAUCUAAACCCAAAACCCACAAUGAAAACAUGGUAAAGGAGGACGUGAAAAAUGCUAUUUUUAAAACACUUAGUAGGGAAGCAAUAACCAAAGACGAUUGUCAUAUUUUCCUGUUAGACAAUUAUGAAAAGGAAAAGUUUGAUUUCAAAAGGCUUUUAAAAACCCUCAUUAUGAACACACCGGACUACAAAAGGCAAACAUUGACCCUUUCGCUCGCGGCCGAUGUCGAAGAAACAAUUAACGAGAAGGUAGAAGUCUUGAAAGCAAGGAUUUACACAGUUGCAUUACAUGCUUCAUUAGGAUCAGGCGAACUUAGACCUUUCUUUGAAUCUGACACGAACGAAGCAGUUCUCUACAAAGAAGGAAAUUUAUAUCGGGAACAGCUAGGCAUAGAUGAUAAGAGUCUAAAAAAAACAUCAGAAGUUAUGAGUAUCGACAUGGAAACAUUAGAGGCAAACCUUCACUUGCAGACUCAUAUGAUUCUGAUAUCGAUGGAAGAAUUUAUUAAUUGGAUGUCUGUACGUUUGUCUUCAGAAGCAACAGAAGACAUUGCAAAUUACACCUUGCCAGACGUUGAAGGUAUCACUUUGUUUUCACCAAAUUUUCAGCGUUAUAUGAUCACUCUGAAUGAGCUGCUGACCAUGUGUGAAACUGAAACGCGGCGAUUACACAACGAACUCGCAAAAUUUGUUUUGAAAUAGAUGAUGAGUGAAAUGGUCUUGCCAGAGAAGAAAUUAUCUGAAGGUGAUGAAUAAAAGAACGAUAGUAUGUACAGUUUUCAAAGAUAUCCAUGGAAUAUCAAUAAUACUUAUAUUUCCGUCGUAAGACGGUAUUUUCGUUGUUGAACAAAAUAAUAUUAGGCGAGUUAGUUAUUAUCGCAUCAAGCUGAUAAGACACAUAGAAAACAUGUUCGUAUUGAAUCCUAACACAAGACAAUGAAAUAAUUUUAAGAGCGUAUGUGUGUACAGGAACUUGGCAAUGAUUGACUUAUAAUGAUGAAUUCCAAACAUGUCUGAGAUAAUAUACUAUAUAUCAUGUUCCUUUUUUCAUUUACAUAGACUAAUUGUGUUCUAUAAAUGAAGAAAACAAUACACUUUGUGUAUAAAUUUCAGGUAUUAUCAUGUUUAUGACGUUCUCUAUACAUAUAUAUAUAUAGAGCGAGAGUGUGUUAUUUUUUAUUUUUAUAAAUGUUUUUUAUCUCCUAGAAACAACGCUUUUACUGAGAUUUAUUUUUCAGUUUUCCU